UAGAUAGCCAAGUCUGGGAAGAUCGAAAAACUGUCACCACUCUCAAAUUUCUACUACGUAUAUUAUUUGCCUUGCUUGUAUACCUCUAUUUUUUUUCCUAACACCACUAUUUAUAAUAAGCCUGGGAAUGUAUAAAAGCAGAAAAGAAUAGGGCGUGUUUGGUUACUCUCAAAAUAACGCCAUCUUGGGACCAACCAAACACACCAGGUGUUGUGUGUGUGUUUAUAUAUAUCUGUGUAUAUAGUAAAUCUAACCAAACAUGGUCUUCUUCAUCUCCUCCUCUCUACUAGAGCUUAUCUGCAAUCUUCCCCAAGGCAUCAGAAAGUUUAUUAAGAACCGAAAUUAGGCUAUUCACAUGGUCCUUACGCUGCUCCCGGUCGAGCUGCAUGUGUUCAUUCUGAGCCUCGAGCUGGGAGCUCAACAGCUUCCCGUUCCUCUCUAGAGCCUUCAAAAGCUGCUGCUGCAAAUUCUCUGAUUCUUCUUCUUCUUCUUCUCCGGCGUCUGUCACGUUCCGUUUCCUUUUUCGCCCUUCUGGGCCACUUCCAAUGCCGGGCUCCGUGGUGGUGGGCUGUUUCUGAUGAAUUGCGCCUGUCGUGAAAAAGCCCAACGUCAGGAAAAAGGAAACGUCACUGCAAAGAUUUGUUCUUUUUGCUGAAAUGAAAAUACCCAAACAAACCCCCCACACACAAAACUGACAAAACACCAAAUAUUUGUAAGGCUCGUCGAGAAGCCAUCUUUAUCAAGAAGGCCAAUAUGAUACAGUAAUAUAGUGCAGAGGGCUUUCAUCAUCGUUCAGACAAAAGAAUUCAUAACCCUAAUGCCACUUUAGGCUUAAAUUUAAAUGGUUAAUGAUAUUAACCACGAGUGUAUGCAUACCAAUUGGAUUAUAAGUAUGAAGGAGGAUUACAUUAUUGUUUCAUCGUCAUAAUCAUUCUUAGCACUCUAAUCCCAAUUAGUUGGGGUUGGUGACAUAGAACUUAUAGGGCCAAUUAAUAGCCAUGGUGUUCUUGAGGGGAUACCGGUUAAUAAAGAAAAUGAAGAUUUUUUCAUAAAUUUGUCCGUCGAGCAAUCAACUGUUUACAUUCAAGCGGAUAAGAUUGACCCCAUGGUUGACAUUAAGUUAACUAAGGUGAACCAUUUACUUAUAAAUAUGAAACAUUCUUUUUGCAACGGUAUAACCCCUCCUGGAUAUAUUGAAUCACUCCAACAGGAAUUGAACAAUGUACCUGCAGAAUUACAAGCUAUGAAGCUUGAACAUAUGUAUCAACGUGUUUCCUACUUGGAAAUCAACUCCGUUGACCAUGCUAUUCUUCCACCCGAAUAAGAAUAUUCGUGAAUUUAACUCACGAGAUGGUUUAAUACAAAUCAAAUUCACUCAAUUCAAGACGGAUUUGUAUCUCCGUGUAGAUUAUGGAAUUGUACACAAUUAAAUAACACUAAAAAUUCAUGCAAAUAAAACAUUGUAGCAAUGUUUUAGGCCAGAUGAACUUCCUGGUGCAACCUUAUUAAAAAUGAUAAUGAUUUGAAAAUUCCAAACCCAUCAUCUCCAUAGAUUAUUUAUACAACCAUGGAUAAUAAUAACGUGAGACAGUGAUGAGUUGAGAAGGUUUUCACUUAAAUCAUGAUAUGAUCAAUGUUUCUAAAAACGAAUAAAAGAUGAUUAAUAUA